GAAGAAAACCUUUGGAGUUUCGGGAACCUUUGGAGUUUAAACGUGGACCCUUGGAGGAGCCCCCACAGCAAGGGUCCUGGAAGUUCAUGUUUAUUUGCAACCUCAGACCACCUGGACAAUGGGCACCAACCAUGCAGAUGAUGCCUGUGCCAGCAGUUCCAGCAGGUCCUGGAACCAUAGACGAAGCUGCGGAGGAGAUCAAGAAAGAGAGCAAAGCUCAAGCCAAUUUGAAUCGCCUUCUGAAGCAAAUGAAGAAGGACACCAUUGAACAUCAAAUUGCGCAAGCCAUUGGGAUUCUGCCAGACGAAGUUCUGGCCUUUCACAAUGUGCUUGCACGCCCAGAGGACUUAGUGUCCCAAAAUCUUCAUUGCAGUUUGCCCCAACUUCAUGAUGAACGACGGCCAUCACCCUUUUUGCGCCUUGUUCUCGUGGACAUGGAGAUUUAUGAACCCAAUGAGAUUCUCCCAGGCGCCUUCAGACGUUUUUCCAAAUGGCUCCCAAGAACGAUCAACAGACGCUCUGUCUUCCGGAUGCUCGACUUGGAGUCUCUUUUGGAUAUUCAUGGAGAACGCUGCCGACUUUGGUUCAACAACAAUCUCAUUGCGGAUGACUUUAUCGAACCUCUACAUCUUGAAGACGGUGAUUACAUACGCAUUCUCAUUGGCGACCAUGACUCUGACUUCCAGUGUGAUGACAGCUCGGCUGAGUCCACGGAUUUCAUGGCUGGUUUGCAACUUCCACUGGAGGUCCUUCCAAGGAGCUUUGAGCUUGCCAUGCCUGUGGAUAUGGAUCCACUCCUCAAUGUGCAGGUCUGCUCUACCAGUACUUUCGAGAAGCGCAUCCUUCCCUUCUCCAUGAGUGUUGAUGAAGAUGCAGCUGAAUUGACCAGCUUUGUCACUCAACUUCGAGCUGAGGAUGAUGUGGAUGAUAUCCAACUUUGGACAAACCACUGGCAUAUUCAGACUCCUGAUUCCAAGCAGACCUCUUUGCAUUCACAAGCUCAAGUACUAGAGAGAUGUCUGGCCACAUCGAUGCGCCUCCUUGAGGAGGACGAAACUGGUCCUUCUCUGACACCUCUAGCCAUUCCUGAGGACCAUCCAGAGGAAGCGCCAGUAACUGAUCGAUUUCCUGAUCAUCAAGGAGACAUUCUUGACUCAUGGCGAGCGGCCUCUACCUCCACAUUUGCCACGGACACGAUUGAUGGUGAGAUUCACGUCAAAUUUGUCACAUGGUUCCUGAAUGGAGAUCUUUGGCCACGAUGUGAUGCUUUUAGGACUGUUGCUCUUCCUGCUGAUCCUGAAAGGUGGGACGCCAUUUUUCGGCAAACAUGGCGAGAUCGUGCCGAUCCAGCUACACAGUUUCAGACGGCUCUGGUCUACCCACCGGUCACGCCUGACCAACAUGGAGGCCAUCUGAUCAUCCAUCAAAACCUGGGACCAUCGGUGCGAGGAACUCUGCUUAGUGUCUUUUGGCAUGGACAAGAGAGUGAAUUAGGAAGCCGCUUUGCCCAGGUUGUUCCGCAUUGGCUCUCGUUUCAGAGGUUCCUACAUUUUGCUGACCUUCUUGAUGCGUGUCGACGACGUAUUUUGUUGUGUGUCGGCUUUUCUGGCAGCCAUCCCAUUGAUGAUGAUCGACCACUUUUUCCACGCCAUGGCACUCAUGUUGAAAUUCAUGCCGCUGAAUGGCAGAUCGUUGAUGAGAACAGUCUGAUGCAACAGCCUGGACGAGGGCGACGCCCUGCCAUGAGACAACUUGCCAUCACCACUCAUGAGCACAUUCUCAUUGACAAUCUUAUGAGCUGUGAUCAACUCAUAGUACCAGAGUACAUUGAAUGUUCAGCGCCGGGUGCUCCUGCUGAUAUAGAAGCUGAGCUUACGCACUGGGGCAUUGACUGCAAAGCCCUUCGUUUUGGACAUCGCCAUGAAGCCUUGUGCUUUCCUGCGCAAUGGACUGCUCAAGUGAAUCAGUUCCAUUACAUGUUCUGUCAUGAGGACGUCAAGGACAAUGAGGGCAUUUUCUUGCACACGUCGAACAUGCCUCUUGAUGAACUUGGCCUCAUGCAGCUUCUCUACCAGCUUGGAUAUUGUAGAGCAGCCAUCCUGGACAAGGAGGAAUUAUUGCCUCAGGUUUUUCGUGUUCUCUUCUUGGAUGUUGUCCAGCAGCCUUUGACAGAACAAGGUCGAAUCAAGAAACCUCUGCCAUGGCCGGCAUUAUCCCACCAUGGACGGCACAAUCGACCGUUCUUUGAUCCGAGCCGACAUCCAGACGAGGAUAAGAAUUUCCUCAUCAAGCUUGGCAUCACCAUGCAGGACAUUGACGACUUUUUCAAGUCUGGGGAUGAUCUAUUAUGCCGAGAUCCGACUGGUCUGGAUUUGCCUGAAACCACAAAACAGGCUAUGUUGAUCAGCGACACUACAGACCUUGCUCGGUUUGAUCGCCUCAUCAUCUACACGGAUGGCCACAUCGGCACUGCAGAUGUAGAUGCCUCCUUCACGAGCCUACGAAGUUGUUUCCAAGCACUUGAAGCUGCUCUACCAGAUCGACUACAAGUUGAGCACACACCUGGACACUGUGGGGAUCCAUACAAUGACUUUGCUGACUGGCUUGCCAGAGAAGAACGACGUCGCAGCUUUUAUAGCAAACGACAGGCGAUCUCUCUGGAUUUAUGGCGCCCCUUUUUGCCCUACAUGUGGAUGCUCUUCAGUCAAACUGAUGGACUUCCAUCAUGGAGCUCUCAAGGCUUCCAUGUUCCUCCUCCUCAGCUACCUUCUCCACUUGCCACACCUACAUGCGAGGGGAACGAACUCACCUCUGACCGGGCUGCCAAGAUUGACAUCAGCCUGGCCAGCGCGAACAUUGGUUCAAUGUACAACGGAGAAUGGGGACAUGCCGGCAAACUUGAUUAUUUGCGCACUCAAUUCAAGCUGCUUUGUCUCAACUUUUUAGGCCUGCAGGAAACUCGCACUCCAGAGCUUUUCUCCAGAACAGACAAGAUCCUUCGCUUUGCCAGUGGAGCACUUCAUGGACAGCACGGCAUUGAACUAUGGGUCAACCUGGAGCAAGCCUAUGCAGUGAAUGAUGACGGGCCCAUUUUCUUCGCACCACAUCACUUCGUUGUUGUGCACAAGGACCAUCGCAGCAUGCUCAUCCAUGUGGUCACGGAGUGGGUCGACUUCUGGAUUCUUGUUGCACAUGCACCUCAGAGCGGCGUAGCUCUUUCAGAACGUCAAAUCUGGUGGGAUCAUCUGCUACAGAUCACUGCGGCCUGCCCACAGACUGCUCGACUUUUCGCCCUUUUGGAUGCGAAUGCAGGACCAGGGUCCGCUGACCAUAUUUCAGUAUUUCGCACCAUCGGUGGUCAUACUUCAAGUACUCCACUGCUGAGAACAUUCCUGCAGGAACGGAUUGACUUCACCCUGGUGCAGCAUGAACAUGUGGAACAAGCUCUGGGUGAUUAUGUCGUGCCUGCGUGGACGGAGAACAUUGAGGAUCAAGUUUCCCAAUUCAAUGGUCAUCUUCUUGCUCGGCUCCAGAAUCUGUGCCCCCAUGCCAAGCACAGACCAAAGAAACCCUGCAUUGAUGAAGCCACAUGGAAUCUCCGCACUCAGAAGCUCAUCGCCAGACGAGGGCUACGACAGCUAGCGCGACAUCAUCGAAUAGAGCUGCUACGAGCAUGCUUUCAAUCCUGGACCUCACGGCCGGGCUAUGACAAGGCUCGUUUCUGGCACUAUGGUCGCUGGCUACAAUGCGCGAAUGUCAAACUUUUGGCAAGGCAUUAUAAGUCGGCAGCACAGCUCAAGGCAAAGCUCCGUGCAAGGAAGACAGCCUAUCUCAAGCAUGCCUUUGAAAACCUGCCUACUGAUGCACCUGCCUCUUCGAUUCUACAUGAACUCAAGAAGGUUGUGGGCUCGACCAAUCUGAAGGCCAUCAAGCAGCAGACCCUUCCGUUGAUCAAGGAUUCCACUGGACAACCGUGCACAUCUCCGUCCCAUGCUUUGGACACAUGGAUUCAUUUUUUCCAACAUAUGGAGGGAGGCAGAAGAGUUGACAAACAGGAACAACAUCAACUUUGGGUCCAGAAUCUUCAGAAGUUUCAGGCGACCUUUCUUGACCUGAAAAUCACAGAGGUUCCAUCCUUGGUUGAGCUAGAAGCUGCGUUUAGGCAUGUCAAGCCCCAGAAGGCCACGGGCCCUGACUUGAUUGAUGCCAAAAUUUGUGCGAGUUCGCCGGCCAUUGUAGCACGCAAGACCUACAGCCAGUUACUCAAGCUCUACACCCAUGGACAGGAAAGUCUUUUGCACAAAGGGGGGAGACUUCAACCCAUUUGGAAGCAGAAAGGCCCUAGAGACUCCUGUUCUGCAUAUCGCAGUGUGCUCAUUUCAUCACAUGUGGGCAAAUCUUUGCAUCGAUGCUUGCGUUUGCACUCUGCUGAUGUCUUUGAGCACUACCUACAGCUGCAGCAGACAGUUGGCAACCGUCUUCAGCUUGGGCCUGAUCUUCUUCAUGCUCUACAUCAACAUCUGGAUGAUCGCCCUGCGGUCGUGCGGGCUGGCCUUUCACCGCAACUUCAGAAAGUCCUCCAAGCGUUGCACACGGACACACACUUUUAUGUGGGCGUCCAACAGGAUGCAUGCAGGACUACCCUUGGAACGAGACCGGGUGAUUGCUUUGCUGACAUUGUUUUCUCCUUUCUCUGGGCCCGUUUGCUACAUCGCUUGGAGCAGAUCAUGAAGGAGUCCAACAUCCUGGACAGUUUUCCGGAUGAGAAAGGUUUGAGACCACCAGGAGGUGAAGCAGCAGCCAGUGGCACUAAGCCUUUCAUGGGGCCAACCUGGAUGGAUGACACCUGCGUUGCUUUCUCACAGGAGUCUCCUUCAUCCUUGGAGAGAACUGCUGGACGAGUUGGAGGAGUGAUGCCACCAUCCUGGCUGAAACAGGCCUUCCUGAUCCGGCAGUUCUCUUGCGGAUCUGCCGACUCCGUCAUCUUGGCCAGCUCUACAGAACAGGCGACAGUGGCUACCUGUCGCCAGACCUUGCAGGCCAGUCGACUUCGCUGGCAGCCGGCACCUGGCGCAGGUUCACAAAUCAAUGCGAGCAUGGAAGCAAUUCAUGAUGGACUUCUUCCACCCUUGAAGGUACAGGGACCUCUAAAGGAGAUUCCCCCAGGACGACCGGAUGAAGACUUCGACCUGGACCUCCUGGAGCAGAUCUUUCUGGACAUCUUGGAUGCCACGACCAUUGAAGAGUGUGAGACCAUGAUCCGGGAUGCCGCUCAUGCUCGCGCUCUUUCCUGGCACACCUUUAAGGCGACUUUGACCAGAUUUUUGGACAUUUUCACGGAUGAAGAUGCUGCGGUCCUUCAUGUUGCGGGAGACUCACUACGAGGACUCUUUCGGACGCACAUGGAUUCUACCGCUUGGCCCUUCCUGACCGCUGAAGGCCGUGACAAGAAUUCACCCUGGCACCAAGAGAUCGCGAUCCAAGAACAAUGCUGCCUCCGUGAGAUUGAGGAGCAACGCAACCGAGUCAGCAUUGGGAACAUUCUCAUGGGCUUUCAGCUUGUGGCUAUGGCAGCGCUGGCAUGCACAGGAGGAAUUGCUGUGGUUGAACACCCUGCAGAAUCUCCUAACCCAGAUGAUGCUUCUAUCUGGCGAACUCCCAUCAUGCAAUUGCUGCUCGCGCUUCCUGAAUGUGAGUCUUUCACCCUAGCCCAAGGCUUGUGGGGGGCGCAAUCGUCGAAACCGACGACUUUGGGCGUGCUCAACGCACCCCAAUUAAAAAUGGAACUGCACAAGGGCCGUAUCACCACGGAAGUGCCCAAAGGCAGUUCAAUUGGGAAAGACACCUUAGGAAAUUGGGCUACGGCCCGCUUGAAGGAGUAUCCUCCUGGCCUUUGUCUUGCACUUGCCAGAGGAUUCCUCAAGGCGAUAGGUGAUCUCCCGGAAGACCCUGCCCAGCAGGUCUCCCUGCGAAACCGUGACAUCUUUGGGCCUCUGGUCUGCACCAGCUAUGGCCAUGCCUAUGGACCAGAUUUC